AUGCACCCUCUAAAUCCCUUUCUCCGUGCCUUCUUCCGAAGCACAGUUCCGGGGCAGUGUAUACCCACCGAGAAUCAUGUCCUCCUAGUACCUGUCACGGAAUCGCUGGUCGGCUCGCGUGACCGCGAGUCAUCCCUCUACUACUCCGAUCUCGUCGUAUCCGAAGAAUUCUUGGGAAGCCAUACCUUGCGAAUACCAGUGUCCACCGGGGCCGGCGGGGGAAAGGAUGACUCAAAUAUACGAGAUAGCCGGGGCAAGGCCAAACAAGUGACGACGGUCAAUGGGCGCACGGUUAUUAUCAAGGAGAACUCGGUGUACAGUAACAAAGGCUUCAAGUCCCUGAGCCAAGCCCAGCUGUUAUCCGAUGCGCUGUACUACAACAACAGCAACGACUCUCAACCAUGGCUGAUCUACUACAUUUCACGGCCGUUGAUCGGCUCAUUCGAUCCCGGAAAGAUCGUCACUGCUGUAGUGCCGGGCAUGCUACCAAAGCGCGAUAUCAUAGGCAACGGCAUGAAGUCUAGCGAGUCCGUUUCGUCGCCGCCGAAGAAGGAGAUAAAGACAUUUGGAGAACUCCUUGCGCACUUCCCGAUGAUUGCCCGACAGAUGCAACCUGGAUUGGAGAGAUUGUUCAAGGAAUUUGGAAAGGAGCUGGGGAAACCGUUGCCACCUCCGCCGUCUCGUUCGCCCCUCAUAUUCGACGAAUACGAACGGAAGCAGAACAACAAUGAGAUAACCGCCGACGAAUCUGCUUCUAUCCGUAGUUCAGCUUCUCGCAGUAGGGAGGGCCUGCCCUUCAACUCCGAAGAGUACUUCGAGGAUGACGAGGAUCUGAUGCGUCGAAGUCUGGAGACAGCUGUUACUGCCGCAAUUGACUUGUUUCGUUUAGUGGAUAAGCAGCAAUUGUCUUUCCUAGGUGCCACCACCGAUCUAACGGGACCGUUGGUGGAAAGGCUUAUCGAGCGCUACGUCGCUGAGCAGGUGCAUGAAUCUCUUCUCUUCCCUCGUCUUUGCAGUUUCCGCCAGCCAGAAGACGCAGAGCUAGACUCUAGGAUUCGUUACAUGGAAAACAUCGACAUCUCGCAAGUGGGCAUAGUUGUCGAUGGUGGACGAGAGGGUAAGCGGGAGUUGUUACAGCGUAUCGGGAGAGCAGUGGAAGAGUUCCGCAAAAUGCUAGACGCCAAGUGCCCCCAUGACAUGUUGAGCACUCUACUUCAGACAAUCAAGCUUCUGUCUUAUCCAGGGAAUUACGAUAGAGCGGGGUCUCUUGCAUCGGAAAAGCAAUACGCGCCGGUAACGAUCAACGCUGAUAUUCUGGUUUCAUUGCUGCUGGUUGUGGUCAUCAGAUCCCAAGUGAAGAACCUGCAGGCGAGGCUGAUGUACAUGCAACAUUUCAUAUACAUCGACGAUGUUGACAGUGGUGAAAUGGGCUAUGCGCUGAGCACUCUCGAAGCUGUUCUUACCUACCUGGUGACUGAUUCCGCGGGUCUCCGGCGAGCCAGUAUUCGGAACAGGCGCUUAUGGAAUGCAACUAAAGGCGGACGUGUCGUGGACAUGAAGGCCAUAUUAGAGCCAAAUGGCGAUCAGGAGUCGCUAGACGAAGUCCCAUGUGAGCCCGAAGAAAGAACUGUUGCGUUUCGGACGCAUGACGAGGAUAAUCUUUGUCAAAGUCCACAUGAGCCCUUGCUUUUGCAGGAUGCACCGUUCGAAAUGAGUGUUCCUAGUGGGACAACGCAUGAUGAGGAACCCUCCGAGCCACCUCCCCUUUCUCAUGUGUUUCCUUUCCAGACGUGGACGAACACGGCCCCUCCGAAAGAGAUCCGACGCCCUGUGAAGAAGGUUUCUAUGGAUGUCCGCAGCCUGUCUGAAUCAUCUGGGAUAUCUUUGGCUUCCCGGACAACGGGAAUGGGCUCAAUUUCAAGCGCGAUCGAGGGGGACAGUUCAAUUGAGACAUUGACGAAAACGCAAGAUCCUGCAGGCGACUCGAUUCCGAUGAUGGCCGUAGAAAGCCGCCAGCCAGACGCCUUGAAAUACCUGCUGAGCCUUCAAGAUUACUAUCCGCUGGCGGAUAUUCUCGAGGACACAAAUACAAAUGGAACCACAUUACUUAGUGCUGCUGUUCAGCUUGCUCACGUCGAAAUGGUGGACAUUCUGCUGAACUUCCUAUUCAGUUCAACGGAUAAGCACACCAUUGCAUCGUACCUACAAAAGUCAGACAUGCAUGGGCGUACGGUUGCACACUACCUCUUCAGCACGCCAUCGGUAAUGCAUAGGUUGGAGGGACUGCUGCCGUGGUGUCAACGCGACAAGCAUGGACAGACGCCACUGUUCGCUCUAUGCAGGUCUUACGAUCACCCGGACUACAACUCAAUGGUGAAAGAAGCACUCACGGCCGCCCAAAUUGCCCAAGGUGAUGGCAAGCCCUUGCGCCUCGAUAAUCAUGUCGACUCUAGAGGCAAUACAUUGUUGCAUAUCGUUAGCGACCCGGAAAUUACCAUCCGCCUCUUGCAAGAAUGUGACUGUGAUCCAAAUGCAACAAAUGAUAAAAGGUUCACUCCUCUCAUGAUGGCCAGCAAGUACGGCCGCAUCGAUCAGGUCAGGAUCCUUUUCAUGGACCCCAGAGUUGAUGUUCACUUAAAAGAAAGCCGUGGUUUGACUGCUGUCGAACUUGCUAAGGACGAUGAAGUGCGCAAUCGCAUUGACGAUCUCAUUCUUCUCUCCAACCCCCCAUCAGCCUACGACGAGCAGUCUGGUCGUGUCACGACGGUGGUGCGCUCAUACUUUGUUGAGGAUGCGACAGUCCGCUUUGUUCUCAAGUCCGGUGCCCCGAAUCCAACCAUCAACUCAGCAGAGUCCCGUCCUGCGUCAGGGACAACAUUCACAGUUACCACAUGCCGUCGCACGUUUUCUGACUUUGAGAACCUUGCAAAGUGCCUGUCCAUCGAGCAUCCCGCUUCCUAUAUGCCGUCUCUGUCCGACUUCCGUAGCCCUUUCCAGAUUCAUUCCAAACCGUCCCGCUCUGUGCUCCAUGACAUGCAAGAGAAGCUCGACAGGUUCCUCAAGGUCUUGCUCACACAUCCAACUUUCGCCACUCACGAGAUGUUGUGGGAGUUCUUUCUGGUUCCCGAACUGCAGCCCGAGAUGAUGGCAGACCGCUCGCAGCGCAAAGCCCAGGUUCUCACGGAGUCCAUCAACGACGACUACGAACCCGUCACACCCGAAGGCAUGCGCGAGACAGAGCAAUUCGUCUCUCACGCCCAGGACAUGGUCCGCGCCGUCCACGUCAACACUCGCAGUCUGCUUCGUCGCGGCCACGCUCUCCAAAACUCUGCAUCCGACAUUGCAGACGCCGUGGCCCUCUGUGCCUCCGUUAUCUCAACCCUCAAGGAACCGACCAACGCGCUACCAGCCUCCUAUGUCGACGCGUUCACCCGCUAUGCAACCCAUCUCUCCACUUCAUCUUCCGACUCUUCUCCUCUCCUUCAAUUCCUCACGGCCCUGACCUCAAUCGACAACACCACAACCGCCAUCCUAGCAUCCCUCUCUCGUCCCAUUUCCCUCAUAAACAACCUAUCCUCCACAAACAGAAACCUCUCCCGCAACCGCUCAUCCCUCGUAUCCUCUUCCCUUCCCCGGAAAUUUAACAUCAAUUUCCCGGGCCUCGAAGAAUCCCGCCAAAAGUCUGUCCGCGACCUCGAAACCAAGAUCCAGGACUCCGAACUCCAGAUCGCUCGUCUCUCCCGCGAAAUCACCUGGAACAAGGACGUGGUUGUCGGCGAACUAGCAGGCUGGACCACCUGGCGCGAGAAAGUCGGACGAGAUGCCAUCCGCUCCUUCGUCCGAGCAACCUUAGUCCGAGAACGCGAACGAGGGAAGCGCCUAGAGCGGUGUUUGCGUGGAGUGCGCGAGAUGCGAUAG